AUGGAUCCCCGUGGUAGAGGCCGAGGCCGAAAUCGAGGUCGACGUCGAUGGAGACGAGCUGAACCCCUUCGUGAUCAAGGGGGCGAUAGAGCGUCGGAAGUGAACCAAAAUCGGGGACUCGAGGGCGGGGGCGGAGAUCAAAUGGCCACCGCUAUUAAUAGAAUAACCGAAGUGCUAGAGCGUUUGACGGACCGUCAAGGUCCUGGACCAGUGCAUCAACAAUCCGGUGGGCAGGUAGAUACUGAAAAUAGGGCCUUGAAGAGGUUCCUGAAGUUUGGGCCACCUAAGUUUCAAGGUGGGCCAGAGCCUGAAAUAGCUGAGGGAUGGUGGGAGAGAAUAUCUGAUAUUUUUGCCACCUUGGAUUACACUGAGACGCGGAAGGUGACUUUUGCGUCAUUUCAAUUUGAGGGAGCUGCACGGUCUUGGUGGAAUCUAAUUAAGGAUAAGUGGGAUAGAGAUCGUACCCCUAGUACUUGGGCAAAUUUCACUCGUGAGUUUAAUGCCAAAUUUCUUCCACCUCUAGUUCAAGAGAAAAGGGAGGAUGACUUUAUUAAGUGCAAACAAGAGGUCAUAAGUGUAGCAGAGUAUGAGACCAAUUUCACUAAAUUAGCCCGAUAUGCCCCUGACCUGAUAGCCACUGAGCAGAGACGCAUUAGGAGAUUUGUGCAAGGGCUCAAUAUGGAGAUUCAAGAGGGGCUAGCAACUGCUCAAAUUAACACGUAUAGUGAUGCCGUAGAGAAAGCUCAGAGGUUUGAGACGGCUAGAGCCCAAUCUAGGUUAUUCUUUGCUAGGAAAAGGAAUGCCCCUAGUGGUAGCACGGACCCAAUUUCUACAAGUGCCCCACCGUCUAAGAUGGGUAGAGGAACUGGGGUAGUGAAUAUCCCUAGUGCAUCGAGAGGUGCUUUAACAAGGGGUGCUGGAGCUAGAGGCUCUGGGGCGAGAGGAUCUGGAGUGAGAGGAGGUUAA